AUGGAUUCCGAUGAUUCAUCUUCAUCUGGAUCUUCUAACGGUCACGACGAUUACAAAGAUCGUGUCCAAAAUGCGAUUCUUCGAGCUGCCGAACUACUUGAACGGCGGGUUGCUGACCAACCUACCCCAAUCAUUCACCGAAGGGUACCAGUUGACCGCAAUCGUAUUGAAGCACAUGCGCGUUUGAUGCAUGACUACUUUGAUGAUCAACCGCGAUACAACGCGAGACUUUUCAGAAAAAGGUUUCGUAUGACAAAACCUUUAUUUAUGCGGAUAGUUAGUGAUUUGGAGGCUAGGUACCCAUAUUUUCAGACGAGAUAUGAUCGGGCUGGGAGAAGAGGGUUCGCCGGGGUACAAAAGUGUACAUCUGCAAUUCGUCAAUUGGUAUACGACGCGAAUAGUGAUUUUCUUGACGAGUAUUUGCAGAUGUCUGGGCGGACAUCAAGAGAAGCAUGUCUACAAUUUUGUAUCAGUAUACGGGAAAUUUAUGGGGCAACAUACCUACGGAGGCCAACUCCAACCGAUUUGCAACAUAUAUACUAUGUCCAUGAACAACUGCUUGGUUUUUCUGGAAUGAUUGGUAGUAUUGAUUGUAUGCAUUGGCCAUGGGAGUUGUGUCCGGCGGCCUGGAGAGGUACUUACACGAGCGGUCAUGUAGGUAGACCGUCAUUGAUACUGCAGGCUGUAGCAUCGAACGAUCUAUGGAUUUGGAAUGCUUAUUUUGGACAGCAAGGUUCGCACAAUGAUAUCAAUGUGUUUGAAGCAUCGCCGAUUCUUGAGGAAAUUAUUAACGGCUUGGCACCUAGUGUACAGUUUUCUGCAAACGGAAACCAUUACGAGAAGGGCUACUAUUUGGGAGACGACAUCUAUCCCUAA